UGACUGCACUUAAUAAAUAUUGAAACUUGGUCAGCGAAAAAUCAUUACUAAAUUUAUUAUUAUAAAACAUCCUUAGGUGCGUUGAAUUCCCCCGCUCUCCACUACAUGAAAGGAUUUUAAUCUUGAACAACGACGGGUUUUGAAGCCGACAUAUCUUUACCUCUUUCUUGUCCACUCUCUGCUCAACACGCUUUUGCCAGCAUUCCAAUGACGGCAGGUAAAGAGAAGGCCGUAAUGGCCAUGGACUCGGAAUCCUUAGAGACCGAAGAUCCUGAAGAAGUGCCGGAACGUGGACAUUGGACAGGACGAUUCGAUUUCCUUCUGGCGUGCCUGGGUACUGCUGUUGGACUAGGGAACGUUUGGAGAUUUCCUUAUCUUUGCUACAAAAAUGGAGGAGGGGCUUUUGUUCUCGCUUACGUCGUAAUGGUAUUUCUCAUUGGCAUGCCAGUUUUCCUUCUGGAAUUAACAAUGGGGCAAUACAGUGCCUUUGGACCAUCAAAAGUCUUCAGCUCUAUCGCGCCGAUAUUCAAAGGUGUUGGAUACGCAAUGGUGAUAUCCGCAUCACUGGUGUCCAUUUACUACAACAUGAUCAUUGGUUGGACAUUGUUUUAUUUCGUCGAUUCUUUCCGUUCAGAUCUGCAAUGGCAAUACUGUCAUCACGAAUUCAACACUGAUCGAUGCUUCAGCGACGUGGAAUAUCAUGCAUGUAAAUCAAUCAAUGACAGCAAUAUAUUUAAUUUUAGAACUUGUUAUAAUGCAACUUACGCAGCCAUUCAAAACAUAAGUGAUAUCACAGAUUCUGAGAGGAUAUCUGCUCCAGAAGAAUAUCUCAACCAGUACAUGUUGGGAAAGUCAGACAGUUUUGAAAAUUUUGGUACACUGAGAUGGCCUCUAGUUGUCAGUCUUCUUGCUGCAUGGAUUGUGGUUGUUUUGAGUCUCUUGAAAGGAAUCAAAACCUCAGGCAGGGUUGUGUAUUUCACGGCAACUUUUCCUUACGUAAUUCUAGUCAUUCUCUUCAUUCGAGGGGUCACUCUUGAAGGAUCCACGGAUGGAAUGUAUUUCUAUCUAGUUCCAGAUUUCCAAAAACUAAUGGAAAUUCAGGUAUGGCAAGAUGCAGCAAUUCAAGUAUUUUAUUCAUUUAGUAUAGCGGGAGGCGGAAUGAUAACCUAUGCCAGUUACAACAAAUUUCACAAUAAUUUAAUUAAAGAUGUGUUGAUCAUCGGUAUAGGUGAUAUGUUAACUAGUUUGUUUAGUGGUCUGGUUGUUUUUUCUAUGCUUGGAUUUAUGGCACUGCAACUCCAGAAAUCCGUAGAUGACGUCGUGGAGUCUGGUACUGGUUUGGCGUUCAUCGCUUAUCCUGAUGCUGUUGCCCGAAUGCCAGUAGCCACUCUGUGGGCCCUGUUGUUUUUCUUUAUGCUGUUUCUCCUGGGCAUUGAUAGUCAAUUUGCAGCUGUGGAAACAAUCCUCACCUUUGUAUUCGAUCAAUUUCCCAAAACAAGAUCGAAGAAACCCGUUGUUGUAUUUCUAGUAGCAGGAAUUUUGUUUCUGCUCGGCCUUCCUCUGACAGCAAACGGCGGCAUUUAUCUAUUGGAAGUGAUGGACAGAUACGCAGCAGGAUGGCCAUACUUAGUAAUUGGUCUUUCUGAACUUUUCGUCGUUGCCUACGUAUACGGCAUGAGCAGGUUUAUGGACGAUUUGAAACAAAUGACCAAAUGGAGCCCUGGUGCCUGGAUUCGAAGUCAUCUUCUAGUCACUAUAAUGACAAUCAGCCCAAUCGUUAUUGGGCUUAUUCUUUUAUUAAGUUGGAUAAAUUUUGAACCACUGAAAGUGGGAGAUUAUGUCAUUCCAACAUGGGGCAAUGCAAUCGGAUGGGGCAUGGCUAUCGUACCUAUCGCUGCAAUUCCCUUUGGAUUCAUUUGGCAGAUGUGCACAAAACACAAAGACAUGCCUUGCUUCCAGCGAUUAAGGCAUCUAACCAGGCCAACCGAGGAAUGGAGAGCAAAUGCAAAGGCAAACAGUCCAUCCAGGGGUAGUAGAAAUGGUGGUUUGAAUGGAUAUGACAACCCAGCAAUGACGGAACCACCACCAGUUUACAGUUUAUCUCAUUUAUAAUUAAGUCAAGAAAAAAAUGAGCUUAUGCGCUGUCCGUAAUAUGAAACAAAACUAAGUACUCUUAAUCCACAGAAACCUGUUUUGAUCAAGUAAACAGGAUUAUGAGCCUGGCUGCAGUUUAUGGAAAACAAAACUUAAAAUAUUCAAAAACUGUUUCGAAUCUGCAAACAGCACAAAUGAUUUGAAAUGAAGCAUUCAUUGUGUAGAACAAAAUAUCGUGUGAUUAUCGAAAACGCGUUUAAUUUAUUAAUUUUACUUAUAAAUGAUGCGAUAACAUUUCUUGUUUAAUCACAUUUUCGAACAUAUUAUGUAUUCAGUAAAAUCUACGAAGAUAUUUGAAUAUAAAUUAUUUCACUUAUAAAAAAAAUGAAUCAUCAAUUAUCUUGAAUUGAACCGAGAUAGAUCAAAAUACAUAUUUUUACUCUUUUUUUGGAAAACCUAAAUAUAUUAAAAAGGAUUUUCUAAAACAAUUCAAAUAUAUACAUUUAAUACUAUUUUUGGAUCUAUUUUACAAACUUGUUGCAAUAUACAAUCUAAAUCAAUUUUAUUUUUAUUAUGAAGAUUAAUAUGAACUAUAUAGCAAUAAAAAUUGAAUUAAUAAAAUUAAUAGUUGUAUAUUCUAUAAAUUUGUUUAACAUCAAAAAUAAAACAGAUGUAUUGUCAAGCAGAAAUAAUAUAUGACAGCCAGUCAUAUAUUAUAUUUAGAAAAGGCUGCAGCUAUUCUGCUAGAAUCCAGACGUACGGUAAAGCUAUAUAUUGAAAUCAAUCAGUGAUACUUGUCCCACCGUAAAGGCUACUUUAUGUGUGAUAUUGUUUCUGAUUUUAUGAUGAUAAGAAAACACUAAGUAAUUAGAAUAGAAAUAUACAAUCCCAGUGAUACAGCAGGUGUUACAUGUAGAAAUAUCAAUAUGCUUACAACAUUCAUAAUGCAUAAAAAUCAAUCCUUACGUUUUUAUAUAUUGUGAACGCUUUAAACAUAGCAUAUUUAUCAAAUGCAGGUAAAAUGUAAUGCCUUCAGUUGAAUAAUCUAUUGCCUCGCGUACUUAUUUUGGGAUCAUUAUCUUAUAUAAGGUAAUUGGAUACUUUCAGUUUUAUUGACAACUCCAAGUGGAUUAAUCACAAUUUUCGCUAAACUCAAGUAUACAUCAUAUUUUGUGAAAACUAAAAGUGAACCUAUAGAUAAAUACAGCUAUUUAGUGUGAAGAAUGUAAAAUUCUUCUGGUUCAUUCUAAUUUCGGGAGAGUUUUUUUCUCCAUUUGACGUCUAUCUCAGUUUAACGAAAAUCGUGGAUUGAUUUGAUUUGCAAGCUUUAAAUAGCUGCUGUACUUCAAUGACCUGGAAAACAUUCUACGACUGAUAAUUUCGUGAAAAAGUUCAAAUGUCUGUCUUACUAUCAUUAGCAAUCAAUUAUUCAGAUCACAUAAACGAUUUUAGGAUAAAAUCACGAUAACUAGGUAGACACACAAUUAAUAUUUGCGACUUGAUUUGUUGUAGUUUUACAAUAAUAAUUAUAAAACUUAACGUAGCAAACGAAUACUACGAAAUACAUAUGAAUAGAUAGAAGUAUUUUUAAAAAAUUAUAUGAAUUAACUACUUUUAUACACUAUGCAAAAUGUAAAUGAAUGGCAAUUUUUAAAAUGCAAAGCCAUCUGCAAUUAAUUUAUAUUUAAGUUUUAGAAUCAAUGUUUUUUUCAAUGGUAUCUAUUUUUUAGUCUAAAAACUGAUUUUAAAGGCAGGAACAUGUUCAGUAGGGUGGUAAAGGGACAAAAUUCCACGAGCUUAUUGUCUUAGAAGAGAUCAACUGAACAGUUUUUAGCCCAGGGUCGAAUGUUUAAUAAAUAGGAUAUUUUUACUAGAAUGGAAGUUGGAAAUAAAUAAUUUUUAUUCAAUUGUAAGCUAUUGUUAAUAAAAAAUAUUAUCAAAUAAAAAUUCAAUUAAUUCCUUAUUUUCAUUAAAUAAUGAAAUAUUUUCUACAAUAGGGGGAAAGGUAUUUUUAUAACUAAAGAUAGUAAAUGGAUUUAAUUUAUAACCUUAUUUUAAAGUUUAACUUACUUUAAAUCAUAAAUCAAACAAUUACUAAGAAUUCCACAUUGUCAAAUUUUGUAACUGAACAUAUAGCUAAUGAAUUUUAUUCUUCAAGCAAUAGAUAUGAGAAAUGACAAUUCAGAUAAUUCUUUACAAUUAUUUA